GACCCUCUCCUUGUCCUUCCUCCCCCAGAGCAGGAGCUGAGGAUGGAGAGCAGGGAGGACAAAUCCCCAUGGCAGAACCUCGUGGAAGAGGCCGUUUUGAGCGGCUCCACAGUGCAGGAACCCAACGGGGAGGAAAAGCCCCGGAGAUGCCACACGAGGAGGGGCUGCAAACGCAGAUCGCAGGGAUCUGAGGAGGAAAGACCCACCCUGGGCUGGGGAGGCAGCCGGAGAUGGAGCCAGAGCUCGGAGCUGGUGGUCCAUGAGCAGCUCCAGGAUGGGGAGAAGCCCCACAAGUGCUCAGAGUGUGGGAAGAGCUUCAGGUACAGCUCCCAGCUGAGCAGGCACCCGAGGACCCACACUGGGGAGAGGCCCUACGAGUGUGGGGAGUGUGGGAAGAGCUUCAGCCAGAGCUCCAACCUGCUUGUGCACCGGAUGAUCCACACUGGGGAACGGCCCUACGAGUGUUCUGAGUGUGGGAAGGGGUUUAAGACCAGCUCCGAUCUCCUCCUGCACUACCGGAGUCACACAGAGGAGCGACCUUUCCGCUGCCCUGACUGCGGGAAGGGAUUCAAGUACAACCCAAACCUAAUGAGGCACCAGAGGACCCACACUGGGGAGAGGCCCUACGAGUGUGGGGAGUGUGGGAAGAGCUUCUGCCUGAGAUCCAACCUGGUCAGCCACCUGAAGAUCCACACUGGGGAGAGGCCCUAUGAGUGUUCCAAGUGUGGGAAGAGGUUUAAGACCAGCUCCGAUCUCAUCAAGCACUAUCGGGUUCACACGGAGGAGAGGCCCUUCUGCUGCCCCGACUGUGGGAAGGGAUUCAGGAGGAACUCCCACCUCAUCAGCCACCGGCGCAUCCACACUGGGGAGAGGCCCUAUGAGUGUCCCCAGUGUGGGAAGAGCUUCUCAGACUGCUCUACCUUGACCCAACACCAACGGAGGCACCGGUAAGGGAAGCCCUGUGAGUGCCCCGAGUGCGGGAAGAGCUUUGU